AUGUUUGGCGCGUCCAACAAUAGCUUUGGUGGCUUUGGCACUAACAAUCAACAAUCACAACAACCUCAAACCGGAGGAAUAUUUGGUGCUGCUCAGCCUGCAGCCGGUGGUUUUAAUGCUUUUGGUCAACCACAACAGCAGGCCGCGGCUCCUACCCCAUUCGGACAACCCGCAUCCACAGGAUUUGGUGCCAACACUUUCGGCGCCUCUACUUCAGCUAGUCCCUUUGGUGCUGCUCCUGCCGCUUCCAAUGCUUUCGGACAGCCACAACAAAAUCCUUCGAACCUUUUCGGGGCACCAGCUCAAACCCAACCCGCUGCAUCCUCAAGCUUCGGUGGCUUCGGAGCUCCAGCUGCUUCGACCACCUUUGGAGGAUUUGGGACUGCCGCACCCGCUGCCAACAACGCCAAUACCGGUACUGGUCUCUUCGGUGCCAAACCUGCGGCCACUAACACGUUUGGUGCUGCUACUACGGGGUUCGGUAGCACAUUUGGUCAGACUGCCACACCAUCUCCGUUUGGCGCGACGAAUCCGGUAGCAGCGCAAAAUGGGACGGCCAACCCUUUGUAUGCUCCUCAUACCAUGGUGGAAAAUGAAUCGACGCCAAGUCAGAAAUCUACCUUUAACUCCAUUGUGGCCAUGGACGCUUAUAAGAAUUGGAGUUUUGAAGAGUUGAGGUUCCAAGAUUAUACACAGGGUCGUAAAACCGCUGUCCCAACAAACACUUUGGGCGGCGCGUUCGGUGCUCAACAACCACAGCAGCAGCAAACUGGCUUCGGUGGAUUCAAUGCCACAGCCAACACAAAUCAAGCCGGUGGAUUCAAUCAACCGCAACAACAAACUGGUCUAUUUGGGAACACCGCUCCAGCUGGUAAUGCCUUUGGUACACAGGCACCCACCAACAAUAUCUUUGGGCAACCAGCGGCUGCGACUACGAACACUUUUGGCCAAGCGCAAAACACCACCAACAGUCCCUUCGGUGCCCCGGCCGCGCAACCUUCCAAUGCAUUUGGGGGUAAUUCUCUCUUCAACUCCAAUCCUACUUCGAAUGCUUUUGGAACUCAGCCUGCAAAACCCAGUAUAUUUGGGAAUACGAACACCACCUUUGGAGGAGCUGCUCCGGCUCCUGCCACGAACAAUCUCUUUGGCCAAAAUACCACUCAACCUCAAGGUGGGCUUUUCGGAGCGCAGACCAACCAAAGCCAACCAUCGACUGGCCUUUUUGGACAAACCAACAAUACGAAUACUGGUACCACUGGCUUGUUCGGUGCCAAUAACACUCAAAACACGGCGGCCAAGCCCGGUGGGCUUUUCGGCUCUACUGGUCAGACCAACUCGCCAUUUGGACAGCCGCAAGCAAAUCAGGGAGCCGCUGCCAACCCGUUCGGAUUCGGGCAAAACAAUCAGCAACCCGCUCAAACUGGUACUGGUGGUUUGUUUGGCAACAAUGCGCAACCUGCGCAAAACUCUGGAGGUGGCUUAUUCGGCAAUAACAAUAAUGCUCAACAACAGCAACAGCCUGCGCAGUCUGGCGGAUUGUUCGGCAAUACUGGAACCAACAACAACAAUCUAUUCGGAGCUCCUUCCGGUGGCUUAUUUGGAAACAAUAAUAAUAACAAUAAUAAUAAUAACAACAAUGCAGCCGGUGGUCUCUUUGGGCAGAAACCCCUCACUAACAACAGCAAUUCGCUAUUUGGUAAUAAGCCUGCAACCCAGCAGAACACGAACAACUUUUCGAACCCGACGGGCGGGGGGCUCUUUGGUUCCUCGCAAGCUACCCCCGGAUUUUCCUUUGGUAACAACAACAACAACAAUAGUAGCUUAUUCGGAUCUACGAAUGGACUACAAAACAGUCAACAAGGUGCAUCAAACGGUCUCUUCCAAAGUCAGCAAAGCAAUCAACCGAUGCUACAGGCCCACAUAGAUCAAGGUGCAUACGGCAAUAAUCCUAUCUUUGCCAAUCAUGGAAACUCUGGCGGAUCUAGGCCCGCCAUCCCCAUCAAGAAAACCCUACCGACGAUCGACUUCAAGCCAAUCCCUCGUCCUAAUACGAAAAUCACCAAACUCAGAGGUUUUGCUCGUUCGACUAGUCCUGCCAAGAGUAUCAACAGCGGUAGUCCUAUGGCUGCUUCUCAUAGCUCUUCCAAUAUGGCAUCUACAGUCUCGCGCUCCUCAGCCUAUGGUCGUCCGGCUGAAGAAACACUUUUGAGUCCGAAGGCGUUUAUAGUUAGACCCAGCCCUAAAAAACUCACCAUAGAUCCCAAUACACUUUUCUCCAUGCUCCGUGAUCGAAGUGCGACUCUCAAUGGAUCUCCUGGGCCUAUCGGUAGCACUCCACCUCCCAGGAACCCCGCGAAAUCGAACAACCCGCCUGUUUUUGAUCCCGAUGCUGAAGCUGCGGCUCAUCAAACGUUUUCAAGAAACUAUCAUGCCGCUCACACUUCACAAUCUGUCGCCGACAAAUCCGGUCAUCAUUCAAAGGCAGCUGGUACACCAAUGACAAAUAAAUCACCUACCCAUACCAUCAACUCUCAAACAAAUUCGCCUCGUGUAGACAAAAGCGUGCCGUUAGACGGCUCCUCUGCUCUUGGAGAUACUAUUGUAGUGACGACUAAAGAGAAAGCCAAAGCGGGUGAAUACUGGACGGUCCCUGCCAUACAUGAUCUUCAACUUCUGAGUCGCAGGGAUCUCAAGUCUGUUCCCAACUUUUUAGUCGGCCGAAAAGGAUUCGGUCAAAUUCAAUUUCAAGAGGACGUCGAUCUGACUGGCAUACCUAAUCUGGAAGAUGACCUAUGUGGCGAGGUCAUUGUGUUCAAACAAUCCCUUUGCAGUGUUUACCCAGACGACCCGCUGGACAAGCCUGCAGUAGGUGAAGGGCUCAAUGUGCCUGCGGUCAUCACUUUGGAAAAUUGUUGGGCUUUAGAUAAAGCUACGAGAGAGCCACUUAAAGAUUCUUCUCAUACCAGGGUCAAACAAUUCACCAAGCGGCUAAUGAAGAGUGAAGAUACCAAAUUUAUCGAAUAUGACGCAAAAACUGGUCAGUGGACCUUCAUGGUAGAACACUUCACCACUUACGGGAUAGAUGAUAGCGAAGAAGACAGCGAUGAUGGUCAUCCAGCAACUGGUGGCGACGAAGACACUGAAAACGAUAGCCAGUUCACUUCUUCUGAGGAUUCAUCAGACCGACCCCAACAGAAAGCAGUCCGCUAUAAAAGAGGCACAAGAACUGCGCCCGACAAAGGUAUGAUCUCAGAGGAAGAAGAUGGCCCCCCUCAAAUGAUGCUAUUUGGCGAUGAAGACGAAGCUGAGCAGGAAGGUCGAGUGUUCGAUGUAUCUGAAGGCAGUGAUCGAUCAGAAGAUGGCUCGCACGGUGACUCCACAUCAUGCAUCACGGGAAGCGAUGGGGAUGAUGUACCGAUCAAUCCGUUAGGGAAGAAACGACCACGCGAAGUCAGUGAUUCGGCUGAGGACUCCCAAUCAAACAUGGAACCUCCUUCUCGGUCCCAAAAUUGGAGAGCUCAACUCGGAAUCGAGUCUAAGAAAGUAGCAGUCAUGCAGGCUAGCUUGUUCGCCGGUCCAGCUCCCGUACAUAAGCCGAAACCGGCUAUGGUCGCACGCCCUCACUACGCAGAACGACAUGCCGGUAACGUAUCUCGACAAGCUUUGACUAAUCCCAAGUCGCAGACUUUGAGCAAAGUCAAUGACCACCAGAUGGAAGAUAUUUCUUCGACCGCUCAGUAUCCUUCCAAGACUAUCGCACGCGAUACAAAUGUACUCAAGAAGCGUAUCCCUGCCCCCAAGCGCUACUCUAAACAAAUCCCUCUUUCCAAGUCCAUUUUGUAUGGUCACGAGGGAUCAUCGACCAAUAUCGCCUUGGCUCUGGCUCGAUCAUUUCGGAUCUCUUGGAGUAAUCGAUCUGAUCAAUUGAUCCACUUCAAGGACGGCCACAUUGGUAAUAUGUUGAAGUCUGAGUUACCAUCAGUCACUGGAUCUGAGUUAACUCUAAGAACUGUUCCCACAAGCACAUUUGCUCUGUCAAAAGAAAUCGAGUCCGCAGAGUGUUUACUUCAAGUGCAACUUCGUAAUACCAGUAUCAACACCGAAGAUGGCAUUCCGGUCAUGACUACCAACUCUCAGCUUCGGUUCCGACACUUUAUUGCUGCACAUGACAAGACUGAUCGAUCCAAUGAUUUGAAUGUCUGGAGAUUAUGUUCAGCUUUGUACGACGAACUUGAUUUACGUUUGCCCAAGGGAGCUGCACCCGAGGUCAUUGAAAGGAUAAAAAGUGUCAGAAGGGAAGACAGUUUUUCUCAAUGGUUACAACGCACUGUCUUGUCUUCAGUAGAGCAGGAUCUUCGAUCUUCAUCAGCCAGCGAUGAAAGCAAAAGUCCUUUCCGUGGAAUCUUCAAACUAUUGACGGGUAACCAAAUCGAAAGAGCUUGUAAUGCGGCGAUUCAAGCCAAUAAUUAUCGACUUGCAACUCUACUUGCCCAAUGUGGCCGUAGCGAUCCGUCAUUCAAGUCUGACAUAUUACAACAGAACAUUGUAUGGCAUGAACUACGGACCGAUGCUUACAUCGAUCGAGAUCUACGAAAAAUCUACGAGCUGAUGUCUGGCAACGUCACUUUCUCUCGCGGAUUUGGUAACAAAUCCUUGCAUGUUGAUACUAGCGAUGACAUCAGGAUUGCGGAACACUUGGACUGGAAACGUAAUUUGGGGAUUCACUUUUGGUUUCAGGCUUCUCAUGUUAACUUUUGGUAUGCAGUCAAGACUUAUGAAGAAGCUUUCUCAAAGGACUCAUUGGCCAGUCCACCUCUACCGUGGUAUAUCGAAAAGCAAGAUCGAAGUUUGACUGAUGAUUCAACUCUUGAGUGGAAAAUAAAUUCACAAGAACCGAUACAUGAUGCAAUGUUUCAUUUGAUCAAGAUGUUUGUAGACUCAACUUAUGGUUUAGAAACUGUCUUGGAACCAAAAGGAUUUGGACCUUCACCAUUUGAUUAUCGUAUGCCAUGGCAUCUUUAUAAUGUUUUGUCAAGAGUUAUGAGAGUGAGGGAUUUCGAAGACCGGGAGAUUAUUAUUGGGGACAUGGACGAUGAUGAGGGUGCUGUUGAAGGGAAUAGUGCAACUGCUGAUAUCUUGACUACAAAUUAUGCAUGCCAACUCAGUCGCUUAGGCUUGCAUAAGUGGGCUGUCUUUAUCUUACUUCACCUCGAAGUUCCAGAGCGUCGAAAGGCAGCCGUUGAAAACUUUCUCAGCAAGAACAUACAAUUGCUCGAUGAAGAGACCGAAGCUUUCUUGAAAAAGACCCUCAAAAUACCCUCGUGUUGGAUAUAUACCGCUCGUGCUGAGUUAGCUCAAUACGAAAAUCGUCUAUAUGAUCAAUACCGCUGGUUGAUGAAAGCGGAAAAGUUUACGGAUGCACAUCGGGUGGUUGUAAAUGAAUUGGCACCAGAAGCAGUGAUUAGAGGAGAUCUUUCGGAGUUGAAGCGAUUAUUCGAAGGCUUGUCUUCUGACAAUGUUGCCGAUUGGCCUUCGGGAGGAAAGAUCUUUUUGGAGUAUGUAAAGGUUGUUGAACAACUUCCUAUCUUACUUAGGAAAACUGUUCAGGUUCCAAUUCAAUCAAAUCAUGAACUUAAGUUCUUGCUUGAAUCUGUUUUACCGAACUUGUUACGAGAAAUCCCAUUGCUAUAUGAUAGCAAGAAUUUACGUGGAAGGGUUGGAAAUGGUAUGAAACAAGAAGUUUGCAUGAAUGAAAUGAUGUCCAACUUGACCAAUACAUCUACUUCGGUUUCAUUGGUGAUACAUAAAUAUGAUUAUACGAAUGAUUUCAUUAAUUUAAGAGAUUUACAAGAAUCCGAUAAGUUAUUGUGGACUCAACGUUGUGCAGUCAAUGGAUUUGUUAAAGCUUUAAGACGUACUGGAUCAGAAGUGAUUUGAUAGGGUUUUUUUUACAAUAACACACCACAAAAAAAGAUAUUGUAUGUGAUGAUGACAGAUAGAUACUUUUAUAAUAGGAUUUGAUUGUCAAAGUUUGCAUUGUGUAAAAAGAUAUGGUUUGAUUUCUU